AUGUUCAACCAGCAACAGCAGCAGCUCCAGCAGCAACUGUUGCAGCUCCAGCACCUCCUUCAGCACCAGCCUCAGCACCAGCCUCAGCAGCAGCAAGCAAGCCGGUAAGACCCUCUACCCGAGGCCGGGGAUCGUGGGCCUGGCUCCAAGGGAAAGGCGCCUGCUCCACACCCCUUCUUCCCUUGCAAACCUCCUCCGCCCUCCGCGCAGUUUUUGCUGGCGUGACUGCAUCUGCUUUGCACCUUGCUCCUGAAGCGUUCCUGCCUCGAAAUUCAGUUGCAUUUCAGAUCUGGCCCUUUUAACAUGUGUUUUAAAUGUAAAUACAGUACAUAUGUAUUUAAAAUGUAUCCUCAAGCGAGCCUUGCUGCACUUCAGGGACUAAGGCUACAGUGGACCUACUCAGAAGUAAGCCCCAUUGCACUCCAUGGGACUUGCUCCCAGCUAUGUGAGCGGGCCUAACAAUUUUUGUAUGGACUCAAGCUCCAGCACAUGCACGAAGAUUGUGUGUGUGUGUUCGCGCGCUUGCUUUGUAUAAUAACAUAUUUUAAGCUUUGGUGCCAGAUCUCACAACUCAUGCUGGCAUAUAUUGCUGAGGUCCAAGAAUCUGCACAUGCAUAAUUACCUGUGGCCUAGCAGUGUUCAUGGUGCAAAAAAUGUAUUUAGCUAUUUCGUUACCCUCCAACCCCACCACACACACCGUAAGGAAGAAAUAUUUCCAAUAUUCUUCUUCCAAUAUUCCAAGCUUCUUCUAGCGUAAGCCCCCUCCUGGUUCAGCUCCCCACCUGCAAACAAAGCAGCUUGUUCUUUACUCCACAUAAAAACAAACCCUCCCACUACCCAACUGAAAAGGCUUGGCUGGCAUACUGUUAACAGUUCUAGGACACAAUCCACUGGGGAGCUCUCCUGUGCAAGAGCCAAGCUGUGUUGUCGUUUGUCAAGUGUUUUGUUGGUGUGCAGGUCUCACUAAUUUCACGGAGUCUCCUCGGCCACAUCUUGGUAUUGAAUGGCAGCUUUUGGAAAAUUAGGAUGAAAAGAAGUCCCUUGUAGGGCAUGGUAAGAAUAGGUUCUGAAAGGAAUUAGGACCACCCAAGUGCUUGUAUUGUGGAAGUCUUUCUAGGUAACAUGGACUGUGUGUGGACCUGCCUUCUUAAGCAUCUCCAUGUCAACACUGUCCCAUAAUAAUGUUGCGCACACAUCCGUCUGUUUAAAUAUACCCCUAUAAAAUAUAAAAACGCUGCUCGCUCUUCCUAAGCAAAGAUUUUGGUAUGAGCUGUAGUCCUGCAAAAUUGAUAAGUUUGUCCCUAAGCUUGCAGACAGCAUGUUUCUUACACACAUUCAUUCACACUUGACAACAUGGUUUCACCAUGUACAUAAUAAUGAUAUAAUUAGGGUGCUGAAUUGAAGAAAACUUGGGGUAGCUAAGCAUGGACAAGAGUGAAAGGGCUGUUGAGAGUCAGUUCAGUUCUGGAAUGCAAAACAAAUUCCUAGACUGAUAAUGUGCUCAGAGGCACCUUAUUCUUUAAUUUUACCGCAUUCCUUUCUUACCGCGUUCUGGAGCUUUUGGACUCUUAAUAGAAAACGAAAUAGAUCCAGCUAGCCAGAAGUCCACCUGCCUGUGCCAUAUGGCAACCAAAGGAGUUGUUCAACUAGUGCCAAGUACCUGAGCUGUUUCCAGAUGUGUUUCUUCUAAAGUAGAGUCUCUCGCCUCACCCCCCCCCCAAAUCUAUCCACAUGCUCCUUGGUAACAUUUGAAGCUGCCUUUUAAAAGGGGUAUAUAAUGUCCUAUGGGGUGCCCUCUUUUUUCAAGGAUGGAAAAAAUAGUAAAAUAAUAAUAACCAAAACCAAGCCUUCCAGCAUCUGUCAGGCACCCUCUGAAUCCAGUUUCCUUAUACUUUGUUGAAUGAAAUUAUUCUGAACCUGUUUAAUCCUGCCAUUGAAAGGCUGUUUAAAACAGUGUCAGUGGUGCUUCCAAAACGAUGCAAAGGUUGUGAGAGAGCUCCUGGAUACCCCUUUACUACUUAGGGCAGAUGCACAUAUAGAGGGUUGUAUCCAGUGUCAGUCCUGCUUAGAGUAGACCCAAGACUAUAAUGGGCAUAACUAACUUAGUUCUAUCCAUUUCAGUGUGUCUACCUUGAGUACAACUUAACUGGAUGCAACACAUAGUACCAAAAAUGUGCUCAUUAACUCUAUUUGUGCAGUUAACAUUCCAUAAAUUGGCUGGGUCACACUUCAAGGCAAUUGUUUUUGGGCAAAAACAUCUUAAGUAGUUGCCUAAUGUUGCCUUAGGUUUCUUGCAAGCCGCUCUCUGUCCUGGGAUUUCUGCUGAUCUGAUUCCACCUCCUUCCUUCCCAGGUGUGUGAUACCAUCGCAGCAGCAGCAGCAGCAGAUGUUGAACCUGCGAGCUACUAGUCAAGCCUCGCUCCUCAACGCCAACCCCAUGCUCCAGCGGGCCCUGCUCAUCCAGCAGAUGCAAGGUAUAGCACUUGUCCUCUGCUUUGGGAUGGGAACCCUGCAGGAUUGAUGCAGAAGAGGCUGAGCAAUGCAUGCUGGGAUACUUGGGAAACUGUCACACUGGAUGGUUUUUAUUUACUUGGGUAUCUCUGUUAUUUGGGGGGGGGCAGGGACUCCCAAGGCAGUUUAAGACAUUAAAAUUACCCAGGUAGGACCUGCAGCAAAAUGGCCAUUGUUCCAGCCACUCUAUUCCACGUCUCACCACCCCAACCACUCCUUUCAAUAGCUUGUCUGCAUUUUGCUGCUGCCGAGCAUGCUCAGCUUUCAUCAGCCACCCAAAUGUUCUUUGUUCUUUCACAAAUAUUGGGGUUCCCCACAAAGCUGCUGGUGCCUCCCUGUUGUGGGUGGUGGGUGGUGGGUGCUGUUCUAGAUACAUAAGUAAUGACACUCAUGGAAAUACAAAUUUAAAAAAAAACCUGCUUCCAGUAGCACCUUAGAGACCAACUAAGUUUGUUAUUGGUAUGAGCUUUCGUGUGCAUGCACACUUCAGAUAUCUUCUUUUGGUAUCUGAAGAAGUGUGCAUGCACACGAAAGCUCAUACCGAUAACUAACGUAGUUGGUCUCAAAGGUGCUACUGGAAGGAGUUUUUUAAAUUUUGUUUCAACUACAGCAGACCAACAAGGGACGUGGGUGGCACUGUGGGUUACACCACAAAGCCUAGGGCUUGCCGAUCAGAAGGUCGGCGGUUCGAAUCCGCACAACGGGGUGAGCUCCCGUUGCUCAGUCCCUGCUCCUGCCCACCUAGCAGUUCGAAAGAACGUCAAAGUGCAAGUAGAUAAACCCGGAAGCUGUACACCGGCUCCCUUGGCCAGUAAAGCGAGAUGAGCGCUGCAACCCCAGAGUCAUCCACGACUGGACCUAACAGUCAGGGGUCCCUUUACCUCUACGGCAGACCAACACAGCUACCUACCUGUAUUGGAAAUACAGUGGACCCUCGAGUUAUGUACCGCUCUGGAUACGUAACUUUCAGAUUGUGAACUCAGCAAACCCGUCGCACGCAUGCGCAGAAGCACUCUGCGCACCGUGCGCAUGCACAGAAGCGGCGCUUCCAGUUAUGGGCUUUUCGGGUUAAGUAUGGACCCCCGGAAUGAAUUUUAUUCAUAUCCAGAGGCUCCACUGUAGAGGGAAUGAACUGAUUGCGUUCAGUAAUGGGCAGGAGAGUAGUGAUUGUUUUGAGGAGGUUGUUCCUUGAUCUCCCAGCAGGUGAGUAACUUCUGUUUAUUGGGGACAGGGAAGAGUGAGGCAGUGGUGGGGAGGGCACCAAGAUGCAAAUACACAGGUAGGAUGGCUGGAUUGUUUCCAUUGCUACGUUUGCACUGUGCUGACCUCCCAACCACUUUCCCCACCUGCUCUUGAUAAGCAGCAGCAACUCACCUGCUGGGAGGUUAGGUAAAUAUUAAGCAUGUCUACAGACUCAGUGAGAGGUGUGAGCUUGCCUUUGCCCGGUAAUCCCAUUUAGACUAGGUCUAAUUUGAGAAAGGGACACGGGUGGCGGGUUAUACCACAGAGCCUAGGACUUGCCGAUCAGAAGGUUGGCGGUUUGAAUCUCUGUAACGGGGUGAGCUCCCAUUGCUCGGUCCCUGCUCCUGCCAACCUAGCAGUUUGAAAGCACGUCAAAGUGCAAGUAGAUAAAUAGGUACCACUCUGGCGGGAAGGUAAACAGCAUUUCCGUGUGCUGCUCUGGUUCACCAGAAGUGGCUUAGUCAUGCUGGCUUCAUGACCUGGAAGCUGUACGCCGGCUCCCUCGGCUAAUAAAGCGAGAUGAGCGCCGCAACCCUAGAGUCGGCCAUGACUGGACCUAAUGGUCAGGGGUCUCUUUACCUUUACCUUGAAUUUGAGAGAGGCUCAUCUCCUCUUUAACACAAAGAAGCCUUUCUAUUUUUUCAUCUUUCAUAUUUGUUCACAACAAUAUAUCAAGGAGAUCUGUAGAAGAGUAGCCAGUGUUCUUGAAGAGAUAUGUGGAGUUUAUGGUUGUAUAUCCACACACCCAAAAAAAUUAUGCUAUGCUAUGCUGAUACUCAUACUUGACUGAAGUGUUUAAAUGUUUCUUUGGUUAUCCUUGAAUCUUCCUGCCACGUUUGCCACCCUCUCCUGCUACACCAAUGUGGCACACCCUUUGAGAGCCACUGCUUUAAGGUGCUCAGGCAUGCAAGUGUGGUUUCCUCCCCUACCCCAUUUUAUUCUUGAGGUAGGUUCAGAGUAGGGAGAGGAAACCUAUCUCCCUCCAAAAGUUGCUGGACUCAGCAGCCAGCAUGGCCAGUGGUUGGGGAUAUUGGCAGUUGAAGUCCAGGAACAGUUGGGAGUGCCACAUGUUCCUCAUCUGGUUAAGUAGUUGACAGCGCAAUUCUAUGCAUGUUGUCCCAAAAGUAAGUCCCAUUGAGUUCUCUGGGAUUUGUUCCUGUACUGAGAGAGGUGGUGGGUUUUCUAUAGGCACCUGGCUGGUUGCUGUGAGAGCAGGAAUAUUGUACUAGGAGGGCCAUUGGCCUGGGAUAGAUAUAAGAUAUAUGUCAAAAAUACAGUAAAGGUUCGCUAUCUGUGCUAGCAUUCGAUUGACGUUGGAGAGAAAUUGAGUUGAGAAAUAAGAUUAAGGGUACGUAUUGAUAUGAGAAUGUAAUAGAUAAAAUGUAAAGAAAUUUACAAUAAUAAGAGUACAUUCAUUUGUAAAAAAAGGAAUAUACAACAGGAUUGACAGGAAGUCCGUAGUGUUGGUACAUAUAUGAUUUUGGAAUAGCUUUUUGUCUUGGUUUUUUCUUUCUUUCUUUCUUUAGGUAUAUAAAUUUUGUAUAUGAACUUUGUAUACAUGUUGGAAAUUAUAGUAUAAUAAGCCCUGUAGAGUCAUACCUCGGGUUGAAAUCGCUUCAGGUUAAGCCUUUUUGGGUUGCGCUCCGCGGCGACCCGGAAGUAACGGAGCGCGUUACUUCCGGGUUUCGCAGCUCGCGCAUGUGACCCACGGAUGCGGGUUGCAUUCACUUCAGGAUGCGAACAGAGCUCUGGAACGGAUCCCGUUCGCAUCCAGAGGUACCACUGUAAUGUAAUAUGACAAUGUAUGCAUAUGUAACAUAAGAACGUUAAUAAAUAAAUAAAAUGCAGGGGGGGGGGCAUUGGCCUGAUCCAGCAGGUUUUUCUUAGGUUCUUAUGAGGUUCAAGGUUAACUCAGUAAGCCUUGUGGCUGAACAGGGGAUUUGAAUCUCUAUCUCCCUGGCAGUGACAAUCGGAGCUCCAAGGAGACACCAGUCCUGAGCCACUUUGUGAGGCUGGAAUGACCCCAGCCUUGCAAAGCAGCACAGGGCUGGCUUGGGGAGGGCACCACACUCCCCAGAAAAAUGCUACACCCCUGGUCCCAGUUCCACACUCUAAACACAGCGAUGAGGAACCUCUGGCGCACGGGCGGAAUUGGCCCUCCCAGGCUGUUUGGAGCCAACUGCGUCCACCUGCCCUGCAUCCACAAUCAUUUGAGCUCAAAUCAGGAAGAUUUUCAUCUUUAAACUGUUGAACAUGGUUGCACUGAGAGAGAUCUUUGUUGCAUGCCAUGUGCUCCAGUUUAAACAAUUACAUAAAUUAGAAACAACCAUAAACACUCAGAUAAAUGUUUAUGAAUAUAUUUAGAAAGUUGUGUUGAAGUGUACAUAGCAAAAUUAUUACGGAUAUGAAAUGAUGUCUAGUAACAUGUAUUGCUUAGAUUGGUGGCAUUAAGUAAAGUGUAUUUUGUAUAAAUAACACUUAGAGGCCAAGAUGAAUUUCCUUUGUAGCUGCAGCUUGAAUUCUUCCUAAAGUUCUGCUGCAUGGUGACAAAAGAGGGUGCCAAAUUCAGUUAUUUGUUUGUUGCUUUUGUAUACCAUCUUUCCUCCAAGGAGCUCAAGGUGGUGUAUGUAGUUCUCAUUUCAUCUCACAACAAUCGUGCAAGAUACAGGUUAGCUUGAGAAUAAGUGGCUGGCCCAAGGUCACCCAGGUCCUGGUCUGACACGCUAACCACUAUGUCAUGCUGUCUCUUAACAAAGCUUUGAAUUAGCAUUCACUCCCAAUUCUUCUAUGGCGUCUCUGGCUUGGAGGUUCAGUCACCUUGAGUCAUCUGCCAGGCUUCACCCACCUGCCAGAAUGUUCUGUGGAGGGUUGGCCUUUUGUCCAUCCAGCUCUCCAUCCAGAAGUUGUUUUAACACCUCUUGCCCAACCAGCCACCAUAUUGGCUCACAUAGUUUUACGUCUCCCCUCCCAAGUCUGAAGCUGCAAACCUGUACAUCUAAAACCAUUUUUUAAAUCAUUUGUAACAGCUACAAUCUCUCCUUACCCCACUCAUGUGCCCACUCAACUUUCAAUUGGCAGAAUUGGCACUACUGCUGGUGCCCCAUGAUGCUUAUUACACACUUGUAAGAACUUUGAUUGUUCAUUGUAGCAGCACCUAUACUUUGCGGCUCCCUGCCUAUUGAUAUCAAUCAGGCUCCUUCACUGUAGUCUUUUCCGCACCUGCUAAAAACGUUAUUGUUUAGACAAGCCUACCUAGAUGCCUCGAAAGCGUGGUGUGAAAUAUAAUUUGUUUGAGUAUUUUAACUUUUUGUAUGUUUUGAUGUAUUGAAUUUCCCCUCCCCUUCAAUUUUAUGGUUUUAUCUUUUUGUGAACGGCUUUAAGGUUUUUCUUUUUUAAAAAAACAAGCUGUGUAUAAAUUUUAUUAAAUAAUAAAAUAAAAUAGCAUUGGCUGUUGAAGCAUGUGAUAAGUCAGCCUUUCUCAACCUGUGGGUCCCCAGAUGUUGUUGAACUACAACUCCUAUCACCCCUAGCUAGCAAGGCCAGAGCUCAGGGAUGAUGGGAGUUGUAGUCCAACAACAUCUGGGGACCCACAGGUUGAGAACGGCUAAGGGAGCUGGGCAUGUUUAGCCUGGAGAAGAGGAGGUUAAGGGGUGAUAUGAUAGCCAUGUUCAAAUAUAUAAAAGGAUGUCACAUAGAGGAGGGAGAAAGGUUGUUUUCUGCUGCUCCAGAGAAGCGGACACGGAGCAACGGAUCCAAACUACAAGAAAGAAGAUUCCACCUAAACAUUAGGAAGAACUUCCUGACAGUAAGAGCUGUUCGACAGUGGAAUUUGCUGCCAAGGAGUGUGGUGGAGUCUCCUUCUUUGGAGGUCUUUAAGCAGAGGCUUAACAACCAUAUGUCAGGAGUGCUCUGAUGGUGUUUCCUGCUUGGCAGGGGGUUGGACUCGAUGGCCCUUGUGGUCUCUUCCAACUCUAUGAUUCUAUGAGAAACUCUAUACGUGCUCCAUGCAGGCAUUCCCUCCAGAUGUUGCUGGACUCCCAACUCCCAUCAUCGUUGGCCAUGUUGGUUGGGUCUCAAGAGAUUUGGAGUCCAAUAAAGUCAGGAUGGCACAGUCCUAACUAUUCUGUAGUAUAGUCGUGCCUUGGAUCCCAAACGCCUUGCAACUUGAACGUUUUGGCUCCCGAAUGCCACAAACCCGGAAGUGAGUGUUCCGGUUUGCAAACAUUCUUUGGAAAUCAAACAGCUUCCACAGCUUUCAGUUGAGUGCAGGAAGCUCCUUCAGCCAAUCAGAACCUGUGCCUUGGUUGUCAAAGUCGAACAGACUUAUGGAACGGAUUUCGUUUGACUUCUGGGGUACGACUAUACAAGCCAAGUUCCUAUUUAUCGUUUUUGAAGAGAUAAGAUAUAAUGCCCUUUGAGAUUCUCUGGGGAGGUGACUGUGUUAGCCCAGGGGUCAGUGCAGGAAAAGUGCUGCAGCAAAGCUUCAGUGGCUGAUGGGAAAGUCCAUGUAAGGCUCGGAGUGUGUUCCUUUUCAGAUCCUCAGAACCACUGACCUUCCAAUCAGUUAAAAAUCAAUGGGGGUGUUUUGAGGAAUGCUGAUUAUUUAGCAGCUGCCUGCGGGUAAGCUGGUGCCAACACUAAUAAAAUGAAAGGGAAGUUGCAUUUUCUGAUUCAUAUGUAUAAAAGUAUGUUUUAUCCUACAGAGCCACAGUUCCUUUGGUACGGGAGUGAUGGUCAGAAUAUGACUAAUAUCCUAUUUAUUUUAAAAUUUCAUUUAUUUUUGUUUUAUCUCCCUCUUUCUAUGUAUGUGUGCGCAUAAAUAUGCAUGUUCUUAUAGCCUUUUCUUUUUUAAAAACAGGAGCUCUCCUCUUUAUGGAGUUGAUUAUUCAGGGGUUAUGCAAUUGAUAAUCACAUUACCUUCUGUAAUAAAGAGUUGUCUGAGCACUGACAGUCCUCUGAAAUUUCCUGGUCAACUGCAAGGUUUGGGUUACGUUUGAGAAUACUUGAUGCCCAGAUACUUGGUAUCUGAGAAAGAUCUGAGUGAAUAAUUCAGCGGGUGUUUUAACCUGUGGUUUCAGCAGUGGAAACUAGUAAGCUGAGUGUGUAAUUCCCCGCCCCCUUUCUGUAGCAGAAUUGGAGGUGUGGUUUCUAGAGAGCUAACCAAGCCUCUGAGCCAGGGGUCAGCAAACCUUUUCAGCAGGGGCCCGGUCCACUGUCCCUCAGACCUUGUGGGGGGCCAGACUGUAUUUUGAAAAGAAAAGAAAAAUGAACGAAUUCCUAUGCCCCACAAAUAACCCAGAGGUGCAUUUUAAAUAAAAGGACACAUUCUUCUCAUGAGGUGGCCAAAGUAUUGGAGCGUCAGCUUCAGGAUCUGUCCUUCCAGUGAGCACUCAGGGGCUGAUUUCCUGUGCCCAUUUAAUCAUUACAUCUUAAACACCUCCAACUGAAGCGCUGUGUACUUGUAUCUGCAUCUAUCUGCAUUAUAUAAAUAAUGAGUUGUUGGCUUUUGGGGGGUAGCUGUUUAGAGAACGUGGGCUUUAUUCGGUGUUAAUCCUACUCAGAGUAGACCCACUGAAAUGGAUAGUAAUGACUAACUGGGUCUUUUAAUUUCAGUGGCUGUACUCUGCCUAGAACUUGUUUGCCUACAACCCAAUACAUGCAAAGGUGUAGCAGCCCUUAGCGGAUCUGAGCCAUGAACUGAUUUGGAGUACUUCCACAGUGAUUGUGUGAAUUUUGUUUACAGUGGUACCUCUGGAUGCGAACGGGAUCCGUUCUGGAGCCCCAUUCACAUCCUGAGUAAAACGUAAGACAUGACUGUGCGUUUUGCCGCUUCCGCGCAUGCGCGUGACAUCAUUUUGAGCACAUGCGCGAGUGGCGAAACCUGGAAGUAAUGCGCUCCAUUACUUCUGGGUCGCCGCGGAGCAUAACUUGCAAAGGCUCAACCUGAAGCACAUCUAACCCGAAGUAUGACUGUAUUGUGUAUUACUGCUUCUGUUAUGUUUGCAGUUGUGUCAGUCUUUUCAUGUUGUAAGCCGCCUUGAGCAGAGUCUUCGCUAUGGAAAGGCGGCAUACAAAUAAAAGCAGCAGGAGGCGGUCCUGAGCAUGGGCGCAGUGACCAAACCACAAAUGGCUUGUUCUCUUUUGUGUCUUCAAGUUGCAUGGUACUUAACAUGGUGUCUGUGCGUCAGUCACCUACCGCUAUUUCCUGUCCUUGGUAGGUAACUUGAGAGGCUUCAACAUGGCCGCGGCCCCUGUGCUCCAGCAGUUCUUUCCUCAGGCAACAAGACAUUCCCUUUUGGGUCCGCCUCCUGUUGGGGUCUCCUUGAAGCCCACUCGCCUGGCUUUCCCUGGGGGCCUCCCUUUUCAGCGGCAGAAUCAGACCUUUCGCAAGGUAAGCUCAUUUUGGGUUAUUGUUGUUGUUGUUUAGUCGUUUCCGACUCUUUGUGACCCCCUGGACCAGAGCACGCCAGUCACUUCUGUCUUCCACUGCCUCCCGCAGUUUGGUCAAACUCAUGCUGGUAGCUUCAAGAACACUAUCCAACCAUCUCAUCCUCUGUCGUCCCCUUCUCCUUGUGCCCUCCAUCUUUCCCAACAUCAGGGUCCUUUCCAGGGAGCCUUCUCUUCUCAGAGUAUUGGAAUCUCACCUUCAGGAUCUGUCCUUCCAGUGAGCACUCAGGGCUGAUUUCCUUCAGAAUGGAUAGGUUUGAUCAGCACCAAAAUGCUGAUUAAAAACUCCCAAAAACAUGAAGAACCUAAACAAACAAACACCCAUACAGUAUCCUCAUAGCUAAUAAUUGGUUCCAGGAACUGUUAUCCUUCAGCCUGGUUGAACAAUGUUUUUGAAUUCCUCCUGAAAAUUGAAAAUGAAGAAGGCAGACCUACAUCACCAGGGAGGGUGUUCUGUUGUGGUCAAUUUUCAGUUGUGUUGAGUUUCCCCACGUUCAGUUGUGGUGAAUUUUGGCCUGUUUUUGAAGUCUUUCCUCUUAUGCCUCUGGCUUUUAUUUCUACUGCUACUCUGCAGCUUACUGAUUCAUGAGCGACUGAUGAAAAGGCUGUUGAUUCAGCAAAGGCCUCAAUUAGCACAUCCUUCUCCAGACUACAGUGGUGCCCCGCAAGACGAAUGCCUCGCAAGACGAAAAACUCGCUAGACACGAAAGAGUUUUCCGUUUUUUGAGUCGUUCCGCAAGACGAAUUUCCCUAUGGGCUUGCUUCGCAAGACGAAACGUCUUGCGAGUUCUUGCGAGUUUGUUUCCUUUUUCUUAAAGCCGCUAAGCCGUUAAUAGCUGCUAAGCCGCUAAUAGCCGCUAAGCUAUAUGAAACUUAUAGCCCUGCAAAAUCUGGAGAGCCCUACUUUGGAGAAGGCUGCACCAGCAAUUUUAAAAACAAAUUUCUCUUUGCUCAGGUAGCAGCCACCCACCUGAAUCAGUCCCAGAGUGCUGGGGAAUCAGUGUUGGGCUGCAGCAGAAAAGGGGAAUUGUAAAAAAAGCACCUCCCUUUAGCGGAUUCCUCCAUGGGAUCAAAAGCCUUUUUUGUGAAAAAAGACUGGGCUCAGUUCAGUUCCAGUCCCAAGCACAAAUUCCUAUGCACAGAAUAUGUUCAGAGGUACAGUUUUUGUACCUCAUUCUGGUUGGUCAUUCUCAGGGUUCUAAUAUGCAAACAAACAAAUAAAUAAGACGCAGUUCCAGCAAGCCUGGCUCUGCGGAUUGUUUGCAUCUCUCUUUUCUUGAACCAUUGCAUUCUCCACUGCAGGACUUCUCGAGGACCUCUGAGAGGAAACGGGAGGUGGAUUCUGCAACUUCCUCCUCUCAGGGGCAAGGAGCAGAUGAGAGCCUACCUGCACUGGAUAUGCCUAUCAUCAAAGAGGCGUGUGAGCAGCCGAAUUCUCCACCUCCAGGUAGGAGAAUACUUGAAUUUGCUUUUUCCUAUACAGCAACACAGAAUAGGGAGGUAUUUUUUUAAAAUAAUAAUAAAAAAAUGAGCAGGUGAAGAUAGGUUUUGCUGAAUCAUACCAAGUGUUUGUUUAAUCUGGCAUCUUGUUUAUCACAGUGGCCAGCCAGAGACACUGGGAAGCCCCUAGGAGGACUUGGGAGCAAGAACCCUUUCUCAAUAUUGUUGCUCAGCGACUGGUAUUGAGAGACAUGAUUCUGGAGGCAGCAUCAGGACUGCCUGCCAUUGAUAGCCUUGUCUUGCUGUAUUAACCUGUUUAAUCCCAUUUUGAAGCUGUCCAGGUUGGUGACCAUUGUUGUAAACAAAAAUCUGCCCAUUUUCCCUUAUGGGGUAUCCAAGAGCCCAUACAGAGUCCUUAUGUAGGUUCCCUAUUGGUAGGAGAGAAUAACAGAGGCCAUCCAGAGAAUAUUGAGAAGCAGAGCAGCUAGUAAGCCUGAUCUUUAUUGAUCUGUUGCAACAGGGUGCUCCCCUCACCCGCAGGAAAGGAGGGGGACCCCGAACAAAGGUGUUCCUGCCCUUAUAUAGACAUUUUAAAUCCCCUCCCUGGAGUCCAAGACCACCCCCAGAAACAUCAUACCUACAUCACAGAGAGGGCAGUCUACAGCAGAAAUCUGAGUGUUUCGUUUACCUCCUGUCUGCCAGGUUACCUGUUUAAUGGUCACUUGAUUGGAUUGCCUGGGGAGCCUGGCCAGUCUUUUGUAAUGAUAAAUACUUAGUUCCUGAGCCAGGUCACAGGCCUUCCUGUGCUAUCUAUGUAUCUGCUUGGUUGGUACACUUAUGAACAUUUAACAUAUAUCUAAGACCUCAAAAUUCCUAUCACACCAUCACUGCAUCUUCUUGUAGCAAUUCCAUUAUUUAGCUCACGUGUUGUGUGAAUAAGGGCUUCCACUUACCUGUCCUAAAUCACCCACCAUUUAGUCUAAUUGGGAUGACUCCCUGCCCACCCCCCAAAAUAGUAGCUAGCAGGAAAAGCAGUCGGGGAUGAUGGGAGUUGUAGUUCAACAACAGCUGGGGGGACCUGAGGUUGAGAAACACCGCUUUAGAGGGUACUUGGCUGCUCUGAAGCAAUAACUUCCUUUUUCUGGGCCCACAGAGACUCUGGCAGAAUCCUCUUCAGCCGACGAGCCGGCAGCCAAGCGGCUCAGAAGGUAAGGAUGGCAGUUGCCAGGAUCUGCACCCUGAGCUGAAUUGUAAGAACAGCUUUGCCAGAUGGAAUCCUAAAGAUCUACCUGGCGCAUUGUGCCUCUCUUUGGUGGUGGGCUGGCCUCUCCGACAGGCGCAGCGCCGCUGGUGGCUCCGCCGGGCCCUGAGUGCGUGGGCCUGGCACUGCUUGUGGGAGUGGUUGUACAGGAUCACCCAGAGGCCCUGCUCCCCAGCCCCCUCCCCCUGUCUAAGGGCUUGCACCAUAGUCUGCUGGACAGACAAGCCCUCAUAAGCUCCCCUGCUCACCUCCCAAUGUCCCUGCAGGUGUCUUUCCACUUGUGGCAGAAGCGCUGCCUUUUCAGUGGCAGCUAUAAUCCAUUUGUGCUUCAGCAGGGACAUAGCAUGAUCUCUGUGUUGGCCACAACCAUCUGGCGGAGAAGGGACUUCUCCUCUGCAAGCUAGUUCAGCUUCCUGUCAUCAGUGGGAGUGGCAUGGUCAGAGAGGCCUUCAUCAGGGUCAGCCAUGGCAGCCAGGCAAGGUCUGGGUAGACAGCUCAGCCAAAUAAUAAUAAUAAUAAUAAUAAUAAUAAUUUAUUAUUUAUACCCCGCCCAUCCGGCUGGGCUUCCCCAGCCACUCUGGGCGGCUUCCCACAAAAUAUUAAAAUACAGUAAUGCAUCAAACAUUAAAAGCUUCCCUAAACAGGGCUGCCUUCAGAUGUCUUCUAAAAGUCUGGUGGUAGUUGUUCUCUUUGACAUCUGAUGGGAGGGCGUUCCACAAGGCAGGUGCCCCUACCAAGAAGGCCGUCUGCCUGGUUCCCUGUAACUUGGCUUCUCACAGUGAGGGAACCGCCAGAAGGCCCUCGGAGCUGGACCUCAGUGUCCGGGCGGAACGAUGGGGGUGGAGACGCUCCUUCAGGUAUACUGGGCCGAGGCCGUUUAGGGCUUUAAAGGUCAGCACCAACACUUGGAAUUGUGCUCGGAAACGUACUGGAAGCCAGAGAUUCAUUCAUACAUUCCUAAUUCUAUUUGUGCCCUGCUUUGCCACACACACACACACACACAGAGAGAGAGAGAGAGAGAGAGAGAGAAACCUGCUCAAAGCAAGUUACAACAGAGAAAACAGGAAUACAUUUCAAAACCCCAACAGUGCAAAAAUAAUAUCGUAACAACAUAAUAAGACAACAUAAUAAGACAAAGCACCGUAUUUUUCGCUCUAUAAGGUGCACCAGACCAUAAGACGCACCUAGUUUUUGGAGGAGGAAAACAAGAAAAAAAAUAUUCUGAAUCUCAGAAGCCAGAACAACAAGAGGGAUCGCCGCGCAGCGAAAGCAGUGAUCCCUCUUGCUGUUCUGGCUUCUGGGAUAGCUGCACAGCCUGCAUUCACUCCAUUAGACGCACACACAUUUCCCCUUACUUUUUAGGAGGGAAAAAGUGAGUCUUAUAGAGCAAAAAAUACGGUACUUUGAACAUAACAAAAUUAUAUUAGCAACAUCCAAACUCCAAAAGCAAAAGUAACAAGGGAGCUUUAUGGUUUCACUUUGGUCCCAGACAAACCCCUCCUGUGAUGUUGCUGGCGGUCCCUCUCCUGCAGCAGUUUCUUCUAAGGCUUCCAGUGGCUGCAUUCCAACCCAUUCAUCCUGGCAGAUCUUGCUACUUGGUGUGAGAUCCUCCUUGGAUUCUGGGCUGUUCAUACAAGGUCAUGGCCAUCGCAGCACAGUUUCUUGGCCUCCCACUUUUAAUGUACUAACAGCUUCUUUUUUAAAAAACAACAACCAUUUAUCCCACCAGGGAAGCUGGGGACACAAUCCCAGAAGAAGCAGUAUGUCUUCAGCAAGUGGAGGAGUCCAACACAGAAUCCCACCUGGAAGGUGAGAGCUUCACAAUUGCCUGGGAUCAUGCAAACUGCUCCCAAGGGUCUAGAAUCAAAAAGCUGUUGGAAAAUAGUCAGAUGCCUUGCAGUAGGUUGAAAGCAAUACAAAUAUAUUCACCCCAGCCUGUAUCUGUAUUUAGUUUAGAAUCAUCUUUAUAGGAAAAAUGGAUUUUAACUAUUUUUACAUAUGGGGUUGUUUUUGUUGUCCACACUUUUAAUGUGAAACCGCUUCAAUAUAUUUUAUGGGAAGCGAUUCACAAAAUAAUAAAAUAAUAACUGUGAAGCGCAGCUUGCAGGGGCCAGGCAACUGGUGCAUGGAAUCUCCGGUCCUAGAACAGGGACAAUUAGACCCUGCCUGACUCUUCGAGGUUGCUGGCUGUACAGAAAUCUGCCCAGUGUAUGUCUGUGUGUGUUGCAUGUUUCCUGCUCCUCUGACUAGAUUUGAGUCUGGAAAGGGCUGGACAGUAACACCCACCACCAGCAAACAGCCCCUGCCAAAGACAUGCAUCACACAUACAGUGGAUGCUGGGGUUGCGACCGUGAUCUGUGCGGAAUGCACGUUUGCAACCCACAGCGGCGUGUCUGCGCACGUGCGGGUUGCAAUUCGGCGCGUAUGUGCAAAGCGUGAUUUAGCACUUCUGCACAUGUGCAACCGCCGAAACCCGGAAGUAACCUGUUCCGGUACUUCCAGGUUUUGUCGGUACACAACCCAAAAAAACGCAACCUGAAGCGUCUGUAACCCGAGGUAUGACUGUACCUCCUUUCAGGUCUCCAGGAAAUUGCCCUCAGUCUUAAAAGGCAUACUUUUCCGGAGGGGUUUCGCAAGCAGCUGCAAGGCCAGACUCUGCCCUCCAGCUGCUUCCCCUUCUUUUUUGUCCUUUCCCAUGGGUGCAUCCUUCUGAGGCCACAUGGGGUCCAGAGUCAUUCUGUGGAAUGGAGAGAGAGAGAGCAGAGCUGUGCUUCUUUUUAUAGCCAAAGGGAGGGAACUCUCCAGAAUAAAAAUUUGCUGGGUGCUGCGGGAGGUUUCUGGAAGUUCCAUGCUGCCCAUGAGACCAUGUUGGGGACCUCAAGGAUUGGUGAUGCUCCUGAGAGCUCCCACCUUCCGCUCCUGGGGAAAUUAAAUUCUCUUUCUGUCUGCCUGUCUUUCGUAGAGGCAGGCAAUGGGAAUGAGAAUCUGGCUGCAGAUACUUCCAAGGAAAAGAACAUUUCUGGAGAGCUGAAUAUUUCGGAGGUGAGCAGAAAGCUUCUUUAGCUCCUGGAGAGGGAGGAUGACUAGCAGCAGGUUCUUCUGCUGCUUUGUUAAAAACUGUUGGGGAAAUGUGGGCGGCAUCCUUUGCCAGCCUAGUUCCCUCCAGCUGGCAUCAUUCGCUGGCAUUGAUGGGAGAUGCAGUCCAAAUCAUUUGGAGGCACCGUGGUGGGGAAGGCUGGUGUACACAGAUAGCAACAUGGAAAAACACACUCUGGCUCAAUAACCAAAGAUCCAAAGGAGCCUUUUACCCAGCAUGCUCUCCUCCAAGAGGGCCAUCAAGCAAACCAAAUUAACCAUAGUUUCUCAUUCUGUCCAAACUGGGAAACCAUGGGUAAAAGCUACUUUCUCACAAGAAAUGAGGGAAACAGUAACUGUACAUCUCAGGUUCCUAGAAUGCUAGAAACUUACUCAUUUAAAAGGAAAGCUGGGAUUGGGGGUGGGGGCAAAUAGCAUUAAUAGAGAGGGAACUGCCUCCCUUCUACAACCACUGCACAGACGUCUGUGCUUCAUAUGUGCCUGUAGUUUAUAUAUAUUUGGAUGAAACUCUAGUUAAUUGAAGCCUUCCUGUUCUUGCUGGGGUUUCGUGCGUGGGCAAAAGUCUUUUUCCUACCUUGGCUUUUUAAGCUGAAAUAUGACCAUCCAAAUUCCUUCAGUGUGCAAAUGCAGAAAUCUCUAGAUGCAGCCUCAGUAUUCUUCCUGUAAACACUGCCUUCUCUCCCCAAACUGUAUGUAUCUUCUUCUUUUUAGCCGAGUAAGAUUGUCUUCCAUAAACACGGUUUUAACAAUGAGUCUGUAAGUGGCUGUGGAGGCCAAUUCUGGAUCCACACGUCCUUCCACAGUGGGGAAGUGUAUAGCCGCUGUCUGGAUGUGGCCUGAAUUAUGGGCUUCUUCUACUCUCCAGAGCUGAGGGAUUUAAUAGUUGGCUGAUGGGCAACCUGAAUUGAGUCCUUGAAUCUUCUCCAGGUGGUCAGCUCUGCAGGCUCCCUGAAAGUCACAAUUCAGCAGAGCAGCGAGAAUCGAGCUAUCAGCACCACAGCCCUAAAGCCAGCCUUCUGGACCUCUGAGAUGGGGACAGCUGGAGGCAGCCCCGAGGCUACCCUGAAAUUCUACUGUUACAUAUGCAAGACUAACUGCUACAACCAACAGGUAAUAAGACACGCUUCAUCUGAGGAGUUGCAAAGUUGGGAUUUUUGCAACCCUGCCGCCCUCCCUCUCCUUACCUGCAUCAGUAUUCAUUCCUUUCCUAGACAGCUUACUGUCUGUAGAAGUGACUUGCAGUAGGUAAAAAUAUAGGCGUGUGUAUAAGCACACAAAAAAUGGACAAGAAAAUCUAUAUCAAAUACUUUAAAAAGAUGCAUAAGCGCUAUCCAUAUUCACAAUAACAGUAUCAGUAUAAAUAAAAUUGAAAGUGUAGAAUCCCCGCCAGCAUAAAACACUGUUUUGCAUUGCAGUCCUGAGCUGUUUAAGGCUUUAUAGGUCAACACCAGCACUUUGAAUUGGGCCUGGAAACUAACUGGCAGCCAGUGCAGUUGGGCCAGGAUUGGUGUAAUAUGCUCAAGCCAUCUUGCUCUGGUGAGCGACCUGGCCGCUGAAUUCUGUACCCGCUGAUGUUCCUGAACCGUCUUCAGAGGCAACUACAUAUAACACGUUGCAGUGGGGCUUGACAUUCUCAUCCCACAGGAUGAGCCUUCUCCCAAUCUGAGGCCUAUGUUGCUGAACAGCAACUCACAGCAUCCCUGAUCACAGGCCAGUGCUGUCUGGAGCCCAGCACAUCUGGAAGCCAUCGCGUUGGGGGAAGGCAGCCUUAUGGAGCCAUUUCUGAUCCUGGCCAGUAUUUCUGAGCGUGCCUGUCACCCCUUUCAUCACUUCUGAAGUAGCCCAUCUGAACUGGAUAGGCUUGCCAGGUUUCAAAUGAUGUAGUGUGGCUCAUGCAACACGUUGGCGAUCAAUAUACACAGAACAAUAAUUAUACAUACUUUAUCAACCUUCUGAGAAAAAUACAAAACAUUAAACAAAGCCACCAAGACUUGCGAACUGCCCAGCCUAAAAUGAACUUAUAAUGUCUGGUUUCAAUAGAUUUUUCAAAUGCUUAACUCGGUCUUUUAGAUAAGUUCAUGAAGAUACCAACAGAAGGUAAGUUCGGUGUUAUUCACAGUACCGAGAGAUGCUAGUAGAGUUGUAGAUAGAUGUUAAUAAAGUUGUAGAUAAUGAAGUUGUAGAGACAGGGUGCCGGCGUUUUGCACCUGUUUCGCCCUGGCAGUCCAAGUAAUCAAAAGGCCGCUGUUCGCCCCCGAUGGGGCCCUUUAACUGGGGCUUGCAGGUAGCACACCCCGAAGAUCGUUUUUUGGGCUGUUUCAGUGGUCUAAUCUCAAAGUCUUGAUGUGCAUAUUGAUAUUCAAUCUUAUAGAGAAUACUCUUUCUUGGCUUAAGCUUAAGAGACUGAUUUGCUUAGCCUGAGACUGAUUUGCUUAGGUUUCAAAUGAUGGCUACUCCAUGUUCUCUCCAUAUCUCUCUCUCUCAGAAUUUCCAGGCUCACAUGGCAGGAGCUCAGCACCAGCAGCGACUUCGGGAGAUCCAACACAUGAGCAACAUCUGCCUUGUCUCAUUGUUGCCUGUGGUGAAGGAGCAGAAACCACUGGCUGAGAAAGAUGGGUAUGUUGGUUUGUUGGACUAGAUAGUCCUUGUGGGGCGGGGUCCUUCCAGCUCUGCUUCUAUGUGCAGGCUGUAAAAUUCUGUGACUGGAGAAUGUGGAGCUCUCAAACCGAUUGUUUACCCACCCAACCCCUUCACAGGAAGAAUAAAUCAGGGCUGGAGAGUCUUUUCAGUUACUCAACAUGGCAGGUUCUGAUGUUCUCUGCAAGCAAUGGGGAACUUAUUUUCUGGCCAAGGGCAGUAUCCUGGUGUGGGCUGCUUCUCUCCCUUACUGUAGCAGACACAGCUCAUGAGCAGAUUCCUCAUCCCUGUAAUUUCUAGAGCACAAAAUUGUAUGUUGGGAUUUGUGCAUGUUCAUUUUUGUUCCAAGCGGAUAUGAAAACACCUAUUUCAGCUUUGCUCCUUAGUGGCUCCUGUUGCAAGACUAUGCACCACUUGGGGCAGUGCAAAGGUGAAAUGAUUUGUUUUCAUGUCCUCCAGGAUUCAUUUGAUUAGCCUAGGGCAGGGGUCUGCAACCUUUAAGACAAAAAGAGCCACUUGGACCCGUUUCCGAAGGAAAAAAACAACUGGGAGCCGCAAAACAAGCCAAAUGUAAAUAACCACACAUUCUUCCCCUUCCCCCAUUCGCUCUCUUUUAAGAGGGGUAUGGUACCUCUCAUAUCCAUUUUUUGCAAAGCACCAUGUGCAUAGAGGGCAUUAUACAAAUUAAUACAUAGAAAAGUGUCUGUCCCUCCCUGCAGUUCAACUCCCCCUCUUUUACUAACAGCACAUAUCCAUUCCUUCUGCUGGUGCAACUUUCUCAUCAUUUCUACAUAGCAGCAUUUAUAAACCAGUGCCAGAGAAACUGGGUGAAAGGAAGGUGAGAGGGAAGAGAUAUGAAUAUUUAUGUGUGUAUAUGUAUACAUACAUACACCUACACAAUUACAGGUUUGAAGCCAACUUAAAAUAAGCAAAGGAAUCUGUGGUGCUUUCCAUGGGAUCCGGGGACAUGUCAGCUAAUACUCUUCCCUUUCUUCUUCAUUUGCUUGUCUCUGCAGCAAAUCUCGAGAGGAAGGAGAAGGGCAGGAAUUGCAUAGGCACGAGAGAACGGGGGAAAUCCCGCAUGCAGGAUUUUGGUGCCUAACAGCCCCCCCCCCUCUGCAAUUGCUCUCGUGCUCCCCCGCCUCUCCUGCUGGCUACCUCUGGACUCCCUCCUCGUCACUGACGUAAUUCACCCCUUCCUCCCUGACAGGGAGGGCGGGCCCAUUUUGUGGUUCACCUCAGGUGCUCUCCCUCAACUCGGCAGUCACUCAGAAGCAAGGCACGGAAAAGGAUCCCGAAGCACCACCGCCACCCCUCACACAAAAAACCCCCGCCCCGCCAUUUCCCUCAAGCGCGCGCUCUCUCCCUCGCCUCAGGUGCCUCGCGCGCGGGGCUAAGGAGAGCGUGGCCUGGGUGGGCGGGGGAAGCUAUGAGCCAUGAAGCCGCCUGGCAGAACUUCCCUCCGGCAGCAGCAGCAGCAGCCCUUCUCCGGCCGCCACCCUCCUCCUCCAUCCCAGCAGCCGCCGCCUCUCGAGCUCCGCUGCCGCUGCCGCCGCCUUGCUUUGCCCGGCUCGGCUGCCCAGCUCCACCCCCCUCCUCUUUCUGGCGCUUCUGCUUUUCUGCUCAGGGUCCCCGAGGAUCUGCGGAGCCGCGGCAAAGGUGUAAAAGAGCCGCAUGCGGCUCCGGAGCCGCGGGUUGCCGACCCCUGGCCUAGGGACUUGGUAGAAAUUACCGUAUUUUUCGUUCUAUAGGACGCACAUUUCCCCCUCCAAAAACUAAGGGGAAAUGUGUGUGCGUCCUAUAGAGCGAAUGCAGGCUGCGCCGCUAAGCCCAAAGCCAGAACAGGAAGACGGAGCACUGCGGAGCGCUCCGUCUCGCUGUUCUGGCUUGGGAACAGCCUUGCUAGCUUCUGCAGGACAGCGGGGUGAAGGCACCCCGCUGCCCUGCAGAGGUUUGCGCGCAGCCCUCCCCAAGCUAGAGCAGCGAGACGGAGCCCUCCGUCUCGCUGUUCUGGCUUGGGAACAGCCUGGCUAGCUUCUGCAGGACAGCGGGGUGAAGGCACCCCGCUGCCCUGCAGAGGUUUGCGCGCAGCCCUCCCCAAGCUAGAGCAGCGAGACGGAGCGCUCCGUCUCGCUGUUCUGGCUUGGGAACAGCCUUGCUAGCUUCUGCAGGACAGCGGGGUGAAGGCACCCCGCUGCCCUGCAGAGGUUUGCGCGCAGCCCUCCCCAAGCUAGAGCAGCGAGACGGAGCCCUCCGUCUCGCUGUUCUGGCUUGGGAACAGCCUUGCUAGCUUCUGCAGGACAGCGGGGUGAAGGCACCCCGCUGCCCUGCAGAGGUUUGCGCGCAGCCCUCCCCAAGCUAGAGCAGCGAGACGGAGCCCUCCGUCUCGCUGUUCUGGCUUGGGAACAGCCUGCUAGCUUCUGCAGGACAGCGGGGUGAAGGCACCCCGCUGCCCUGCAGAGGUUUGCGCGCAGCCCUCCCCAAGCUAGAGCAGCGAGGCGGAGCCCUCCGUCUCGCUGUUCUGGCUUGGGAACAGCCUGCUAGCUUCUGCAGGACAGCGGGGUGAAGGCACCCCGCUGCCCUGCAGAGGUUUGCGCGCAGCCGUCCCCAAGCUAGAGCAGCGAGACGGAGCCCUCCAUCGAGACGGAGCGGGGCGCUGCGCUCCAAAGGCUUCAGGGAUCUUUGAGGCUGGCGGUGGGGGAAGCAGCGCUUCCACCGCCAGCCCUACAAGCUCUGGUGAAUGUACCUUGAACGCACCUUGUUUUGGAGGGGGAGAACAAGAAAAAAAAUCUUUUUCCCUGUUCUCCCCCUCCUAUGAUCCGGUGCGUCCUAUGGUCCGGUGCGUCCAAUGGAGCGAAAAAUACGGUACCUGCAUGCCUUAUUGGAUAGCUGAAACCUGCAACAGACUUUGCAAAUUUGGUGCCUCUCAGAUGUUAUGGACCACAGCUCCCCUCAGACCCAGCCAGCAUGGCCAGGAGUUAGAGAGUGCAGCAACAUGUAGAGAACCACAGAUUCCCCCAUUUUUUCAUAUGUUCUUCAGGUGUAAAAGUCGCUUGUUCAGAAAAUUGUCACACAAGACAACUAGUAGUGGCAGAAUUGAGGAAACAGGGGUCUAAGAAUGUCAUAUUUUCACAACUCCCCUUUGCUUCCUGAGUCUUUUGUGUUUUCACAUGUUUCCUGUUUGAGGGUUAGAACUGUGCUCUAAACGCCCCACAGCCUGGAGAGCUGAGAUUCUCAAUGAUGCCAGACGUGUCACCAGGCAGUGUAUGAGAUCCCAAAUGACUGACUAGCAGAAUGCCUUUUUUUUUACUAUAUAAAGGCAGUGGAGCAAGUGGGAGAUAAUGCUGUGUUGCCGUUUUAGUGGAAUGUUCUUGUCCUUGCAGAGAGAGCCAGCAGCGGUGGUGUAACACCUGCCAGAUACAUUUUACAGGUGACCUGAUCAAGCACCGUCGGACUCAGGAACACAAGGUAACUCUUUGCCCAGGUUUCUCUUUCCUGUAAAUAAUGGAUAGGCAAACUAAGGCCUGGGGGCUGGAUAUGGCCCAAUCGCCUUCUCAGUCCAGCCUGUGGACCGUCCAGGAAUCAGUAUGUUUUUACAUGAGUAGAAUGUGUGCUUUUAUUUAAAAUGCAUCUCUGGGUUAUUUGUGGGACAUAGGAAUUGGUUCAUUCCCCCCCCCCCAAAAAAAUAUAGUCCAACCUCAUGGUAUGAGGGACAGUGGACCGGCCCACGGAGGAAAAAGGUUGCUGACCCCUGCUGUAAAUGUUCAAGGAAGGGGUUGAAUGCUGAUUACCUCAGGGGCGGUGAUAGGUUAAUGUUUUUUAUAUUAGAGAAUAUUUUAAUAGCAAAUUAAGGCACUGACACGAAAGCAAAAUAUGCUGUUUCCAAGAAAAUCGGGCUCAUGCAUUUUUUUGUUGAGUCAUGUCUGACUCUUCGUGACCCCAUGGACCAGAGCACACCAGGCACUUCUGUCUUCCACUGCCUCCCGCAGUUUACUCAAACUCAUGUUCGUAGCUUCGAGAACACUGUCCAACCAUCUUGUCCUCUGUCAUCCCCUUCUCCUUGUGCGCUCCAUCUUUCCCAACAUCAGGGUCUUUUCCAGGAGUCUUCUCUUCUCAUGAGGUGGCCAAAGUAUUGGAGCCUCAGCUUCAGGAUCUGUCCUUCCAGUGAGCACUCAGGGCUGAUUUCCUUCAGAAUGGAUAGGUUUGAUCUUCUUGCAGUCCAUGGGACUCUCAAGAGUCUCCUCCAGCACCAUAAUUCAAAAGCAUCAAUUCUUCAGCGAUCAGCCUUCUUUAUGGUCCAGCUCUCACUUCCAUACAUCACUGCUGGGAAAACCAUUGCUUUAACUAUAUGGACCUUUGUCAGCAAGGUGAUGUCUCUGCUUUUAAGAUGCUGUCUAGGUUUGUUAUUGCUUUUCUCCCAAGAAGCAGGGGUCUUUUAAUUUCCUGACUGCUGUCACCAUCUGCAGUGAUCAUGGAACCCAAGAAAGUAAAAUCUCUCACUGCCUCCAUUUCUUCCCCUUCUAUUUGCCAGGAGAUGAUGGGACCAGUGGCCAUGAUCUUAGUUUUUAUGAUGUUGAGCUUCAGACCAUAUUUUGCACUCUCUUCUUUCACACAAUCUGUCUUUGACUAUAGCACUGCUGAUGGAGGAUCUUUGCUGAUAUUAUAUAUAGCAGGUUCUUUCUUGGGUUAAAAAGGGAGCAAAAAACAUAGUAACUCCUUCUGAAAAAGGCAUAUUUGCAGGUUUGUUCUUGCGGUCUCCCCCUCCCCUCAGCAGACGCGGGCAGUAAUAUUCAAGUUCAACCAUUUCCAUGUCUGCAAUAUUUUUAAAAUAAUCGCUUUUAAAGCUCCAUUUGUUUUAUUAAUUCCACUUACAGAUUGCUUCCUAUGAAGCAUCUCAGAGUGAUCGACAGUAAUAUCACCAGUGAAAACAUACUGAAAAAGUUCAUGUAUUCAGCAACGCAAAUCCAAUGCAAAUGCUGCCCGAAAUAAAUCUCUAGAUUGGGCUAAAAAAAUACUGGUUGAAAGAGUUUUGAGUUUAGCUCCUUGCUUUCUUCCUGCUUCUCAUCCAUCAGCCACCAAGGCCUCUUUAUCAGUGAUAAAAGAAAACCUUGAAUAACUCACCUUCAAUAACUUUGUCAGUUGGCUAAUUCCUGAAUUGCUAGUUCAGUUCUGUUAAUUUGGAUCUGAACAGAGACUAUACUAUUGUGUCCCACUGCAGUUGUUAAUUUACUCAGCACUGCUAAGGUGUUCGAGUUAUCACAAAUUACUGCUGUUAUGAACAGUCCUUUUGCAUACAUUUAAGCUGCAAUAAUUACAAGUUUCACAGACUGUACUGUUGGAAUUCCAUUGCCGUGUAACCCCAGCCUUUCCGUUCCCCCCCCUUCACAUCCAUGUGCAUGUAAAGGUGUCCUCUGUGCAUCUAAUGAGGUGGGCUUGAGCUGAUGCUGUUAUUUUUUAAAAAAUCUUCCUUUAUAUAUAUCCUGCACUUCCUCCUGAAGGAGCCUGGUACUUAAGGUGGCAUCAAAUCAAGUGUGCUUGAAGGCUUCCUGUGAGCAAAUGCCACAUUAUUUCCUACCUGUCCCCCUUUCUUUUCUUAUCCUAGCUUGCCAAACGCUCCCUCCGACCCUUUUGCAUGGCGUGCAGCCGGCACUUCAAGACCCCCCGCAAGUUUGUGGAGCAUAUGAAGUCUCCAGAGCAUAAGCAGAAGGCCAAAGAGGUAUGGGCAGCUGUACUUCAGGGAACGUGGUGGCAGUUGGGAUGAGCUAGGUAGGACUUUGGCAGGUGGGCAGAGGGCCAUGUGUCUGCUGCAGAGCUGUGCCUCAGAAACAUCAGAGGCCCUGGCAGGUUUUAGGGGGGGAUGUUAGCUCAGUGGAUAAAACACCAGCUUUGGGUGCAGAAGGUUCCAGGUUCAAUCCCUGGUAGGGCUAUGAAAUCCUGAAAAUGAGAGAACUGCUGUCAGUGUUGACUACAGUGGUACCUUGGGUUACAGACGCUUCAGGUUACAGACUCCACUAACCCAGAAAUAGUACCUCUGGUUAAGAACUUUGCUUCAGGAUGAGAACAGAAAUUGCACAAUGGCAGCAGGAGGCCUCAAGUUUAGAACAGUUUCAGGUUAAGAAUGGACUUCCGAAACGAAUUAAGUCCUUAACCUGAGGUACCACUGUACUGAACUAGAUUGACCAGUUAUAUUGUCUGACUCAAUAUAAAGCAGCUUCCUAUGUUCCCAGACUUAAUUGUCCAUCUGCUUUAAUAUUAUCUACUGUGACAGGCAGCAGCUGUCUAGGACAGUGGCUCUCAAAGGGUGUGUCAUGUGCCACACUGGUGUGUCAGGAGAAGGAUGGCAAGUGUGGCAGGAAAAUUCAAGGACAAUCAAAGAAACAUUUAAACAUUUCAGUGUCGUAUAGUAUGAGAUUUUGUAUUUGCAGAAUAUGGGUAAAUUUAUUUUCAAAAUGAGAGCAAGAGCAUCAAGUGUGUAGGAAUGAUUUGUGUUCUUAUGUAGCUGCCUUGUUUUAUACUUUCUGGACGUCCCGUGGUCAUAUUAUAAAGUAGUUGUGUUCUAUGUUAUAAAUCAAGCACUGCUAGGAGUUACCCCCCCCCCAGUGUAUUUCUUACCAAUAAAAAAUUUGGAGUAGCACAAACAAAUUUUUAUUCUUAAAAUGUGAAACUUAAAACCAUGGAGAGACUUGGUCUGAAUAGAGACAUUGGAUUAUUAUCUCAUUUUUAGCCAUCUCACCCCUUGCUUUUCCCUGUAAGACCAUUGCAGUUGUUAACAGUCAGCAGGUUUACCACACCUAUCAGCCAAUCCCCCAUUCCCACCACCCUUCUGAGUAAUACCCUCUCACUAUAUAUGAGGGUCUGGUGACUUCUGAUUGAGUGUAUCUGAGGAAGUGUGCAUGCACACGAAAGCUCAUACCAGUGACAAACUUAGUUGGUCUCUAAGGUGCUACUGGAAGGAUUUUUUUAAAAAAAAAUUGUUUCAACAGAGAAAACAGUUUGAGAACCACUUCUCUAGGGUCUCUGGCAGGGGAAGGUCUUUCCUGUCACUUUCUAUGUGGCCUUUUUUGUAACUGAAGAUGCUGGGAAUUGAACCUGGGAACUUUUGGAAGAAAAGCAAGUGUCCUAGCACUGAGCUAUGGACCCUCCCAGGAGAAUAUGCCGUCUGUGGGCUUUAUGGCCUGUAGGUGCACAAGACUGCAAGGACUUGUAGGUUCUCUUGCUGGGACCCUGGCCUGUUUACUUUGAUUAGAUUUUUUACUUGCCCCUUUGUGAUAAGGGUCCCAGAAUGGGUUAACAGCAAUAUAAUCUUCUUUGGCCAUCACUUGUGGCCGAGUAAGAUUGUCUUUCAUGAAAACUGUCUUAACAGUGUAUCUGUAAGUGACUGUGGAGGCCAAUUCUGGAUCCACACAUCCUUCCACAGUGGGGACAUACGUUUCUGGGCAGGAGUAGAUCACAGUGAAGGUUUGCCAAGCGUGCCUUCCUCUUAGCUCGUUUCUCCCUUGCGUCCUGAGUUCAAGUGUCUUCAAAGCCCACGACACCUUUGGUAAAGGCUGUUCUCCAAUUGGAGCAUUCGCAGGCCAGUGUUUCCCAGUUGUCGGUGUUUAUACUACAUUUAAGCUGUCAUUACCUGUCAUGGGCCAGGAGUCACCUUCACCCGCUGAACAGCAUCCUGGAAAGGGAGAAGGCAGAGUGACUCCACCUGCAGCUGAUUAACCUCCAGUGACACAGAGGAGAAGGCAUUGAUGAGAACCAGCUGGCUUCAGCCUUCUUAAACAGAGCUCUCAGCAGACAAGAGUUUCCAUCUGGACUCUUGGCUUUGUGAUCUGAAUGGUCUGACUACGUGGAUUGCUGCUUGCCCAACCCUCGGAACAGACUUGACUUCGUAUUCUGACUCUGCCACGUCUGAGACUCUUCCGUUUGUUUGGCCUCACACUCUGCAUGCGGUUGCUGGGCAAUGCGACUGACAUUACACCAGCUUCUUAGGGUGGUGGAACUACUGAGAGAGUACCCCGCUGCCCUGGGAAAUAUUAACACACACCCCAGAAAAAAAUGUCUACUGUUAGUCAUCCUUGGGCUAUUCCAGGAAUGGGAAACCUGUGAUGUUCUAGGGGUUGCUGGACUCCAUGUCCCAUCAGCCCCUUCCAGCAUGGCCAGUACUCAGGAAUAAUGGGAACUGUAGUUCAAGAACCGGUGGAAGGCUACAGGCUCCCUAUCCCUGGGCUAGACCAGGCUUCUGUCAGUCAAACGGAGCAAGUGGCUUCUGCUUGUUAGUUUCACACUUUAUAAACGUUGUUUAAGGCUGUUUUGUUUACUUGCCCCUUGGUGGGAUCCAUGUGCUAAUAAUAAUAAUAAUAAUAAUAAUAAUAAUAAUAAUAAUUUAUUAUUUAUACCCCGCCCAUCUGGCUGAGUUUCCCCAGCCACUCUGGGCGGCUUCCAAUCAAGUGUUAAAAACAAUACAGCAUUAAAUAUUAAAAACUUCCCUAAACAGGGCUGCCUUCAGAUGCCUUUUAAAGAGAAGAUAGCUGCUUAUUUCCUUGACAUCUGAUGGGAGGGCAUUCCACAGGGUGGGUGCCACUACCGAGAAGGCCCUCUGUCUGGUUCCCUGUAACCUCACUUCUCGCAAUGAGGGAACUGCCAGAAGGCCCUUGGCGCUGGAUCUCAGCGUCCAGGCUGAACGAUGGGGGUGGAGACGCUUCUUCAGGUAUACAGGACCGAGGCCGUUUAGGGCUUUAAAGGUUAGCACCAACACUUUGAAUUGUGCUUGGAAACAUACUGGGAGCCAAUGCAGAUCUCUCAGGACCGGUGUUAUGUGGUCUCGGCUGCCACCCCAAGUCACCAGUCUAGCUGCCGCAUUCUGCAUUAGUUGUAGUUUCCGGGUCACCUUCAAAGGUAGCCCCACGUAGAGCGCAUUGCAGUAGUCCAAGCGGGAGAUAACUAGAGCAUGCACGACUCUGGCGAGACAGUCCGCAGGCAGGUAGGGUCUCAGCCUGCGUACCAGUGUGGAAUGCCAUUACACUAGGGAGUGCAGGAAGUGGGUGGUGGGAGUUGCCCUUUGAUCCUAGCCUCCUAAGAGACUUGUCCUUCCUGUCUCUAACCCUCCCUUUGUUGUGUCUGGCCAGGUGAAGUUGGGGGAGAAGGAGCAGGCUGGGCCAGAGGAUUCUGAGGAGCUCAUAACAGUCGAUGCUGUUGGCUGCUUUGAAGAUGACGAGGAAGAAGAAGAUGAGGAAGAAGAGGAGGAGGAGGAAGAAGAGGAGCAGCAGCAGGGAAAUGCUGGAGAAGAGGGAGCCUCUGGACAGCUGGAUAAGGAAGAGUCUCUCAUCAAGCAGGUAUGUUUUCCAAGAAGGAGUGCAGCAGUGGCUGAAUUGGAUGUGCCCAAUGGCAACCGAAAAAGGCUCAUUUGGUUGUUACAGUGACACUGGUUGCAUGUCACUCAAAAUCAUGGUUUUCUGUUCCUUUAGCACAGUGUUUCUCAACCUGUAGGUCCCCAGAUGUUGUUGGACUACAACUCCCGUCAUUCCUAGCCAGCAUAACAAGUGGUCAGGGAUGAUGGGAGUUGUAGUCCAACAACUUCUGGGGACCCACAGCAAACCAUAAUUCCUAGCUUGGUGUUACAUUCAAACUGGGCCAUUGUAGAUUGCUUCCCACCAAAUCAGAAUAUGAAAUCUUGGUGUAGGAAUCAUGGUUUCUUUUUAUUGUAAUUUUUGGUAUGCUUUAAACAUAUUUUAUAUAGGUAUAUAGUUUUAAUUCUAUCAAUGCUUAAUUGUUUUUAUUGGUUUUUCUAUGUUUUUAGCAAAUCUUUUUUUAAAAAAAAACAACUAUAAGCCCUGUUAGGGAAAAAGGCCAGGGUAUAAAUAAAUAUAUUAUCAUCAUUGUUUGGAGCACAACCAACCAACCCCUGAAUUUGGAUGUAACACUAAACAAUGCAUUAUUGUUUGCUGCUCGUGCUAUAAAAAGAGCUAAACAAUAAAAGUAUCACAAAAAUAACAGUUAUUUAAAACAUACAAAAAAUUAAAGUAACAAUAAGCUAAAAACAAAUUAAAACUUGGAUCAACAUUCUAAACAUCUGGGUUAGGCUUGUCGGUAAACAUUCCUUUUUUUUUUUUUAGCAGACAUCAAAAAAUAUAAAGUGAAGGCACCUUCUUGAUAUCAAUAAGCAGGGAGUUCCAAGGUGUGGGUGCAGCCACACUAAAAGAUUGACUUCUUACAAAUGCAGAAUGGGAAUUCCAUAUGUGGUAAGGUGAUAUCAUAGGUCCUAAUUGUAACUGAAAGGCCAGGGUGAACAGAUUAAUUUUUUCAGUGGUGACAGAAACCCAUCUAGGUUGGCACCAGCUGACCCUAUGAGGGAACCACAUUCCACAGUCAUGGUGCCACUACUGAGAACACCUUCAGUCUGGGAAUUGUAGCCUAGCAAUAUCUCGAGAGCACUAGGUUGGCUGGCUCCUUCUGCUUCAAGACAUUUAAAUUCAUCUUGGUCUCCUUGCUGGCCCUAGUAGGACCAACUUGGCCAGUUAGCCCUGGUGAUCAUUUGAUGUCUACUGACUGGGUCCCGUCCCCCCCAAUGACCCCUGAAUUUUUGAAUUUUAUUGAUAUUGAUGCUGCAUUUUAUGUUGUUUUUUAUGCUGCUUUUAAGUCGCGUUUUAAUCAAUGUUUUAUAUUUGCUGUUAGCUGCCCUGAGCCCGGUUUUUAAACCGGGAAGGGUGGGGUAUAAAUUAUUAUUUUUAUUAUUAUUAUUAUACAAGGCUAGGUGCAGAGGUCAUUAGUUGUCAAGUCUCACAGAACAGGCUGUCCUGGUUUAUCCAUUAGUGCUGUAGCUUAUCAGCACACCUGGUGCAUUUAGGGCAUUGUGUUUCCUGGUCAAAAAGCUUGGCAUACAUUCAUGCUUUCCUCCAAGUAAUGGAGUGCAGUGGACUCGCAUCUUAACGCAGAGGUUAGGUUCCAAAACCAGUGCAUAAGGUAAAAAUCACAUAGAGCCCAAAUUACUUUGGAUUAUCUCCCAGGUCUGGCUGCAAGGGGCCACUGCUUAUUUGCAGCACCUCCCUCAGUCCCUGGUCCUUCCUUGAGCAGGAAAUGGAUCAAUGGAGAUGGGAGAGGGUCUUCCCCAACUUUGUGCUAACUGUCGGCUGGCAAAGUGUGGGGGGAAGCUGCAUGGGGAGGUCUUUCCUGUGUCUCCGCAGUCUCCCCCAACUUCUGCGAGCAGCCAGGUCGGUGGGAAGAACGUUGGUGACUUAUGGAAUUCAGUUGGUAGUUCACCACACCUCAUCCAGUGUGAUUUACCAGCAGAGUAUGUGGAGCCCCAACAGAGUCUAGAGAUUUCCUGCUCUCAGCGGAACAGCUUCUUCCAGAGUCCUCAGUUAAGGGGAAAAACUGAUCUCCCACAAGGUUCAAAGACAAGACAAAGCCAGACACCUCUGUCUACUAGAUAUAGUGCUUCUGGUCUCUGAAGUAAAGAUACAUGUGCAGAGAGACCCACUUGCACUAUCAUCAUGCUAGCUAAUGCUGCUGUGUAAAGCCCACAGGUGCUUCCCCUGACUCUCACAGAUUCAGAGUCAGACCCUGACAGCAAAGAGGGCAGGACAUACCAUAUUUUUCGCUCUAUAACACGCACCCGACCAUAACACGCACGUAGUUUUUAGAGGAGGAAAACAAGAAAAAAAAUAUUCUAAAUGAAACAGUGGAUGUAUGAUUUUUGUGGUUCAUGCUGUGGCCACAGACAUGUGAUCUGAUGGUGAGUUUGGGGUAGCCCAAUGCAAAAAUCCUGAGGAUCCAUGUGGAUCCAUGUUUGUAACCAAGUUUUUGCACCACUGCGGCCCCAGGCAACAGUGGGUGCGUGAUUUUUUUGGUGCAAACUGUAGCCAUGGACAUGCUAUGUGAUCUGAUGGUGAAUUUGGGGUGACCCAGUGCAAAAAUCCUGAGGAUCCAUGUGGAUCUGUGCUUUGUAACCAUGUUUUGAGUGGGGAGGGAAGGAAAAGCACUCAAGGGACAAGGAGCAUGCGUGGGGUGGGUGGAGAAGGAUGCUGCUAAUAAUGCAGGCGAGGGGUUUAAGGGGAGAAGGAACACGCGUGGGGUGGGUGGAGAAGGAUGCUGCUAAUAAUGCAGGCGAGGGGUAUAAGAGGAGAAGGCUCCUCUCCUCUCCCGCUUUGCUCCUUUAAAGCAAGCAGGCUCUGCUUCUCUCCCUCCUCCCCCCCCCCCCCGGCUUAGCGAGCUAAAAAUCUUUCCUGCUAUUUAGCAAGCUGAGUGGGGAGGAGGGAGGGACAGAGAGCCUGCUUGCUUUAAACGAGCCAACCAGACAGGAGCCGCUUACACCCUUUCCUUCCUAAUGUCUCAACAAAUGAGACUGAUUUGUAAAACUAUUACAUGGAAAAAAUACGAGAGAGAGACAUUGCACAUACUUUUGUAAAUCAAGAAAAUCUUUAAUAAAAAUACAUUUAUUUUUUUUAAAAAAAGUGUUGCUAUGGUAACCCAGUGCACCUGGCACCCUUAUCUCAGAACAUCCAGACAUGAGGAAUGUGCUCAUUAAGGCAUGAGCCCAGGCGCUGUACGAUUCAACCCAUUGUUCACAUUACACCAACAAGGGAGAGCGAGGCAGGCAGGCAGGUGGAAAGAGAGAAAUGGAGGCUGGAAUGGAUCCCCGCAGUUCCAGAUGGGAUCCUGGUAGCCACUUUUUCAGGAGCUGCAGCUGACUGCCUGUUACAGCAUUCGUGUAAAUGCCUGUGUAUUGGAACUUUCCUCCUGCUGCGUUGCAGAGUGUCUGGCUAGAUGACUCUUGGAGAGGGGGAUUUCUUCCAACUCCGGUUCUGUGAUUUUGUGGAAUGCUCUCGUGACCUCAGCUUUAGUUUGCACAGGAGCUUCUCUUCACCGUGGAAUGGAUGACCCUCGCUUGGGGUCCCUUCCAACCCCACAAUUCUCUUAUUCCCAUUUCUUGUUUCCAUGCAUGUUGGGCUGAAGGAAGCAGCACUGGAAGAUUCUGGAGGGAGUGAGGAGUACUGUCCAGAUACCAUCUAUGGUAAGGAAACCAUCACAAUUGCAUUGCUGCUGGCUUGGGGCUUUUUCGUCUUAUUACUUCCUGCUACUACAACCCCUCCACACCAUAUUUAUGCUUUCUAAACUAGUAUUUUGCCAUUACUUGAAAUCUUGUAACUACCCUAGAUUUAGAAAUUCAUUAUAAAACAGGGACACUAAAGGCAAUAGGCCCAUAGAUAACCUGUUUUUACUUUCAGGCCAGGCUCUUGCAGUAGCUAAUACUGAGGGAAGGAUUUCAAAGUAAGAUUCCCAAUAGUUUUCUUUAAAACAGCAGAUAUUUAAGCUUUCUUUUUAUUGUUAUUUCUUCCUCCUCCAAUACUGGAUAUUCUUUAAACCAUUAUUUUAACAUAGCCAAUUUUGUUGCGCGAUAAUAACUGUUUAUUCUGGGUGCUGCCAUACCGCUGCUGCUUGUGCUUUUUAUACAGAGUUUUGGGCAGCUACCCUUAGUGGUUUUUUGUUCCGUAUGAAAUGCUGUAUCAAUCUCUGCCAUUUUGACAGUAUUUCAGAUGGAAUACUAAUGGAAUGUUUAGGAGUAUAAAUAAAUUCUGGGUAGGACAGUCGUUUUUACAGUAAAUACUCUCCCAUACCAUGAGAUAGAUAAGGAAUUCCAAAAUUCCAGUGAUUUCUCCCAACUCACAAAACAGCUUUUGGUAAUUAAUCUUUACUAUAUAUUCUAAUUUGUUUGUAACCCAUAUUCCCAGAUAUCUAAUUCUGUGUUUAUUUCUUCACUGUAUUUUGGUUAUCCAUUCAUUAUCUUUUAAAUUUUCAUUUGAAAUGUUCGGACCAAGCCACUCGUGAUUUGUUGUAAUUUAUUUUAUACUGUAACCUGUUAUUUCCCUGUAACAAGAUAAUAACCUUAUGACUUCUUUAUAAGAUUUCACAGGGUGAGGCGAAGGGAGGACCACAUCAUUUGGAUAAAACAUUACCUUAGUAUUUAAAGAGCCAUAUUAGAUCCCAUGAAUAUGUACAUUUUUGCUUACUGCUAUAGCCAAAGGUUCAAUAGAAAUAGCAAAGAUCAGAGGGGAUAAAUGACAUCCCUGUCUAGUUCCUCUAGAUUAAUUGAAGAAUUCUGACAACACUCCAUUUGCCAUUACUUGAGCUUCAGGGUGUUGAUACAAAAGUUUGCCUCCCUCCUGCUAGUUUUGUCGGUCAUAAUCGAGAUCAUAUGUGUGCUCAGGUGGGUUGCAGCAGUAACACCUACUCUUUUUAAUUUUAAUUGUGUUUUUGCACUUUUCCAUUUGUUCCAGUUGCUAGAAAGAGCUGCCUGAUUAUCAGCUGUGCAACUGGACUACAGUGAGCAGAAAGCGCUCUCUCUCUCUAUAUAUAUAUAUAUAUUUAAAAAAGCUUUCCUUAUUUAACAAGAGCAACGUUGCCUUUUAAAAUAUUAAAUAAAUAAAUCCCCCUACCCUUUUUCACAUAUGCUGUAAUGCUUCGACUUAAACAGGGAUUACGUUUGGGGGACUGCACCUAAAGCCAAAAUCGCGCAUAGUCAAAGCACGUUGGGUGCAAUGCCAGGUGGGAUUGCCAAAGUCCUUUUUUUCAGACACCCAACCCCUUUUCUGCCCCUUAAUUUUAUUUAUUUAUUAUGUUUUUGCUAAGCACAUAAAGCUGAAUGUGCACAAGUUAAAAAUGGAUGUAAGUUGUGGGCUUCCUGUAUUUAUGUAUCACACAAUGCUUUAUUGGGGGGGUGGGAGCUUUCAUUAAUUCAUUUUGGUUCUGUUCAGUGUGAUGUGUGACUUCCCUUCCCCUCCCUCAUUUCACAGGCCUGGAUUUUCUGGUCCCUGUGGUAGGCUUCCUCUGCCGGCUGUGCCACAAAUUCUGCCAUAGCGACUCUGCUGCCCAACUUGCCCACUGCAAAUCCCUGACGCAUUUUGAGAAUCUCCAGGUGAGACCCUCUUCUGCCAUGUCUGUCUGCUCUGCCCCCCCCCCCCCGACCCAUGGCUCUUCCUGUGCUUCAACCUUUAGGCUCCAGGCUUCAUAAUGCCUUCCUAUUGCACCCCUGCUGUCUUGCCACUACAAGCCUUUCCUCCAAUGCCUGCUCUGUGCUUCUAGAUCAGUGUCUGUCCCACUGGCUGACAGUCCUGCUGUGUCAUAUUGACCAUUCCAUCUGCUUUCCCAAGAGGAAUGGUCCUUCUCUCCAUUAAGGAUCCUGGCCAACUGCAUGUGACCAAAUGGUUUCUAAGGGGUUGAUUCCAGACUAAGUUCUCUAUGAGACAAGUUAGUUGUGAUUUAAGGUAAAGGUAAAGGAACCCCUGACCAUUAGGUCCAGUUGUGACCAACUCUGGGGUUGCGGCGCUCAUCUCGCUUUACUGGCUGAGGGAGCCGGCACACAGCUUCCGGGUCAUGUGGCCAGCAUGACUAUGCCGCUUCUGGCGAACCAGAGCAGCGCACGGAAACGCCGUUUACCUUCCCGCUGGAGCGGUACCUAGCUGUAGCGGGGACCAAGCAACAGGAGCUCACCCCGUCAUGGGGAUUUGAACCGCCGACCUUCUGAUCAGCAAGUCCUAAGCUCUGUGGUUUAACCCACAGCGCCACCCGCGUCCCAAGUUGUGAUUUAGGUUACGCUGAAAUCAAUGAUGUGGCAGCUGUAGCUUUUCCUGAAGAGCAGAGACUUUGCAUACAGCACUUGCACGUUUACUCCUUCUGGGAUUGAGUGCUGUAAUGCACAGACCAUGGGGUUGCCGCCGAGGAAUGAUUCGGAUUUCAGGUUAACUCAGUUCCCAUUCUCUCUUCAGACUAGUCUGAGUGUCUCUGUGUUACAUUGGACAGUGUCAGUAACUGUCAAACUUGUUACGUGUGAUGCUACCCAUUUGGCAGCAAAUGUACAGUGGAGAACUGGUGCAUAUUUCAUGCUAAAACCUGAAAAAUUAUGCAGCAAAAAUGCACAACCAGUUCUGCAGUAAAAGGUAAAGGGACCCCUGACCAUUAGGUCCAGUCGUGGCCGACUCUGGGGUUGCAGCGCUCAUCUCGCUUUACUGGCCAAGGGAGCCGGCGUACAGCUUCAGGGUCAUGUCGCCAGCAUGACUAAGCCGCUUCUGGCGAACCAGAGCAGCGCACGGAAACACCGUUUACCUUCCCACUGGAGGGGUACCUAUUUAUCUACUUGCACUUCGUGCUUUCGAACUGCUAGGUUGGCAGGAGCAGGGACCGAGCAACGGGAGCUCACCCCAUCGCGGGGAUUCAAACCGCCAACCUUCUGAUCGGCAAGUCCUAGGCGCUGUGGUUUAACCCACAGCGCCACCCGCGUCCCAGUUCUGCAAUACCUACUAUAUAAAUUUGGUCUUGCUUGUCACUAAGUCAAAGGGCCCUGAAGGACCCUGAAGUCUUGACUCCCCAACCACUGGAAAUCUUACUCAGCACCACCUCUCUUCUACACUCCCCACAGAUUUAUCUGAAGCCAUGAGGACUAGCAUGCAUCUUUGGUAAAAAUAAAGCACAGUGCUGGGUUGUGUUCCCCUAGGACUGCCUCAGGCACACUGGCUGUCAAGGGUAGAGACCCUCUUGAGGGAGGAGUUGCUCCCAGCUGCUGUUGCACAGGUUUGUCUACCACACGUUUGUGGGGCAGCAUCCUCACACUGGGGACCAGAUGUACCAGUAACCUUGAAUUCCUUUUAUUUUCAAUUGCAGCGGUACAAAGCCAUGAGACUCCAGCCUGCUACUGCAUUUGUGGACAAAUCCAAUAAUCCCCAGCAGGAGCUGAGCGGCCUGCAGACGCAGACUCCGACUCCUCCUGCUCCUGCUGCUGCUCCUGCUCUUGCUGCUGCUGCUCCUGCUGCUGCCGCCGUCAUUGACAAGAUGGAUUGUAAAACAGAGGCUUCUAGUGUAGGAAAGCAAAUCACGGUGUUAAUGGAAGCAUGUCAGUCUUCAGGAGAAGAGGCUUCCGCUGCAGAGCAGAGUCACAAUUUGAAUAGAUGA